AUGAUGGGGACCUGAGGGGGCCUCGGGGCCUGGAGGAGCCUGGUGCUGCUGAGCCUGUGCAGCUGGACAGGGGCCAGGGCGGCUGCCCCCAGCCCCGGCAGGGACGCGAAUGCGGAGGCCCAGAGCCCCGGCCCCAUCACCCUGCGGCAGCAGGUGCCCUCCGGCCUCGAGGGGGGACACUACACCCCCUGGGGCCUGCGGCCAGGACAGGAUGGCAGAGCUGAGGCCUGGCGCCUGGCCGACGCCAGUGUCAUGGAGGACAGCCCCAGGCCGGGGUCUCUGCGUGAUUUCUCCACGUGGGCGCCGCAGGAUGCGACCAGCAGCUCCCAGGGGACCCUCCAGAACAGCACAGACCCCAAUCCCGUCAGGAACCUGAGGGUACAGGCUCAGACCACCACCUCCAUCACCCUGGUCUGGGAGACGCCAGAUGACCCUGACUUCCAGAACUACACCUACUGGAUCCGGUGGACUGGGGCUGAUAGCAAAACUGAGACCCAGAGCACAAGCAGCACCAGCUUCACGGCGGACGGACUGCGACCCGGGUCCUUGUAUGAAUUUGCUGUGUGGGCAGAGAAACAUGGAGCCAACAGCACCGUGACGACUUGCGAGGCCACCACAGACCCCAAUCCCGUCAGGAACCUGAGGGUACAGGCUCAGACCACCACCUCCAUCACCCUGGUCUGGGAGACGCCAGAUGACCCUGACUUCCAGAACUACACCUACUGGAUCCGGUGGACUGGGGCUGAUAGCAAAACUGGGACCCAGAGCACAAGCAGCACCAGCUUCACGGCGGACGGACUGCGACCCGGGUCCUUGUAUGAAUUUGCUGUGUGGGCAGAGAAACAUGGAGCCAACAGCACCGUGACGACUUGUGAGGCCACCACAGUCCCCAAUGCAGUGACGAGUCUCAGUGUGCAGAAGCAGACCAACAGCUCCAUCACCUUGAGCUGGACAGCUCCCAUGGGCCCAGAUCAUUCUCCCUACACCUACGGGGUCUCCUGGGUCAGGGAGGGUACCAGUGCCAUCACCACCCAGGACACCCCAGAUACUGGGAUCGUACUGAAAGAACUGGAAGCUGGGACUUUGUACACCAUCACCGUCUGGGCAGAGAGGAAUAAGGUCAGAAGUGACCCCAGGACUGUCAGUGGAGCCACUGCUCCCAACAUGGUCACAGAUCUGCACAAGGAAACCCAGACGAACAGCUCAAUCACCCUGCGGUGGAAGGUCCCCACAGACCCCCAGUCUCAGCUCUACACAUACGGAGUCCAUUGGGCCCCUGGGGGACAUCUCCAGGGACAGCAAGACCCUCAGGGAUAUCAGGCCAACCACACAGGCAGGACCAACGACAGUUGCUAUGAGGUGCAGGCCCUGGAGCCCGGGACUCUGUACGCCUUCAGCGUGUGGGCAGACAGGAACAAUGUGACCAGUUAUGCACAGAGCCUCCUCGCAUCCACAGCCCCGAACCCGGUCACCAUCACAUCCUGCGUCAGCACCUCUGGGGGCCACGGGGUCAUCUUGACCUGGUCCUGCCCCGUGGGAGGUUACGAGGCCUUUGAGUUGCAGGUGGGUGGACAGCGGGACUCCCAGAAUGGAUCUUCCUGUGGGAGGGGCGUGUCCGUGUGGGAUCUCCAGCCAGCUCAGUCCUACCCCGCCACCGUCACAACCGUCUGGGAUGGAAUGAGGGCCCCGUCUGUCCCUGUGACCUGCUACACGGAGAACGCAGGGGUCAUUGCUGGAGCCAUUGUCGGUGUGGUCCUGUUCCUCAUCCUGGUGGGGCUGCUGGUUUUCUUCCUGAAGAAGAGGCACAGGAAGAGACAGAGGAAGCCAGCACCCAGGGGUCUGGUGCUGCAGACACCAGGCAACAUCCCUGCGCAACACUUUGCUGCCCAUGUCAUGAAGAAUGAGGAAGACACAAACUGUGGCUUCACAAAGGAGUACCAGCAACUGGCUCUGGAGGGCAUCGGCCAGUCUCAAACCGUGGCCUCAGCUCUCGAAAACAGCACCAAGAACCGUUACCGAAAUGUACUGCCCUAUGACUGGUCCCGGGUGUCCCUGAAGCCCCAGGAGGAUGGAGGCUCCGACUACAUCAACGCCAGCUUCAUACCUAGUCUCUGGGACCCCCACGAGUUCAUUGCAGCCCAGGGCCCCCUGCCCCAGACGGUGGGUGACUUCUGGCGCCUGGUGUGGGAGCAGCGGAGCCGGGCCCUGGUCAUGCUGACCAACUGUGUGGAGUCUGGCCGGGUGAAAUGUGAGCAUUACUGGCCUCUAGACGCCCAGCCCUGCACAUACGGGCAGCUCCAAGUGACUCUGAAGGGUGAGGAGGUGCAGGAGAACUGGACAGUACGAGAGCUGAAGGUCCAGCACAUCCAAGAGCAGAAGACACUAGCUGUGCGUCAGUUCCACUACAUGACCUGGCCAGACCACGGCGUCCCCCACUCCCCAGACCCCCUGCUGGCCUUCUGGAAGAUGGUCAGGCAGUGGCUCGACCAGACCGCAGAGGGAGGCCCCCCCAUUGUGCACUGCAGUGCUGGCGUGGGCCGCACGGGCACCUUCAUUGCCCUGGACACCCUGCUGCGGCAGCUGGAGUGUGAGCAUCGCGUAGGGGCCUUCAGCUACGUGCGGAAGAUGAGGCAGAGCAGGCCUCUCAUGCUACAGACUGAGGCCCAGUAUGUGUUCCUGCAUCAGUGCAUCCUGCGGGGUCUCCAGCAGUCACGCCUAGCCCCAGAGAAGGGGGCUUUUUAUGAGAACCCGGUGUAUGAGAAUGUCUAAGACACAGGAGUUGAGACCCCAGCCCCGCUAGACUCGGACUCUGGAUCCCCACUUCAGCCCAGAUUCCUGGAACCCUGGGAGAGCAGAGGGCUGGGGUCCCAGAUGCCUGGGUCUUGCAGGAGGAGGGGAGGCCUGGGAGUCUAAACUGUUUCCCUGGAGGAGAGAGGGCAGAUGGCAGUGGGUAUCCCGGAUUCCUGGUUCCUUGGAGGAGGGAGGGAUGUGAGCUAGGAUUUCCUAGUACUUGGAGGGAGGAGGAGGCCGGGGGCCUGCCUGCACUGCUGGAUUUUGGGGAAGAAGAAAUUAGUGUCUGGAACUCUAGCUACCCCAGGUGCAAAGGCAGACAGGAUCCAUCCCAUCUUGUAUUCCAGAAACCAAAUCUGUCUUCUAGGACCUGAGAUUUCCCCACACCCCACUGCAUGUACAUGUAUUUUUCUUCUAUCCCGUAAUUUAUUA